ACGAUUUUCUCUUUCGCAUAACUCACGACUGGCUUCCUCUGCGUAACUGAGAAGAGGAGGGGAGGAGCCAUGGCUGCUCUCUUCGUUAGAUGCCCCCAAAUCCCAACCAUCGGAUUUAGAAUCUCCUCCAGUUUAAGCGACGCAACCGUUAAGAGAGCGAAGGCCUCUGCCAAUAUUAGCGGCGCCGCCAAGGAUGGCGGCCGAAGUAGCCAGAGGAGGAGGAGACUGUUGGCGUCUAGGGCGGACGAUUCUCUGCCCUAUGAGAUGUCGGUGGAGAGCGCUUUGAAAUUGCUCGGAGUUUCGGAAGGGUCUUCGUUCGAAGAGAUCCUUAGGGCGAAGACUUCGAUAUUGGCUUCUUGCAAAGAUGACCAGGAGGCCGCUGCUCAGGUAGAGGCUGCAUAUGACAUGUUGCUUAUGCAAAGCCUAAUCCAAAGGAGGAAAGGCAAAGUUGUAAAUAGCAGCAUCCGUUAUGCUGAUGUAAAACCGACAAGUAGCUCAAAUAGACUGCCUCGGUGGCUACAGAAUACUGUUAAGAAUUCACCAGUUUCACUUGAAGCACCAUCCGCCGGAAGCCUUGGGAUAGAAGCUGGAAUAUAUGGGGCACUGAUGGUUUUUACAUUCGUCAGUGGGGUCUCUUCAUCCACAGGAGCGCCCAAUAGUGGAGCUGAUGUUCCUGGCCUGGUUUUGGCCACUGGCUUUGGGGCUUCAUUGUACUUCUUGACCAAGAAGAAUGUCAAUCUAGGGAAGGCUACUGUGAUUACUUUAGGAGGCCUGGUGAUGGGUGCUGUGGUGGGUGGGGCAGUGGAGAGCUUGUUGCAAGUGGACAUCGUUCCAUUGUUUGGUAUACAUUCACCAGCAGUGAUAGUAAGCGAGUUCAUUCUCUUAUCUGAGUUCUUGGUCUCUCUUUUCUUAAAAUAGGCUUUGAUUCAAAAAGCCAAAAAGUGAUCGGAAUUACAGAAAGCCUAAUUUUAUGUACAUGUUUCACCCCAAUUGUAUAACACCUUAAUUUGUUAAGAGCUUUGUGAUGGUGUAUGGAUAAAAUUGUAUCAGAGCAUGCACCAUCUUCUUGUAUGGCUCUAACUUGUUCAUAGGUGUAUGUACAGCUUUCUUUUAUUUGUUGUUCUGAUCGAACAAGUAUUCAUGAGCUCUUCGUUAAGGGUUUAUUUUCCUUU